AUGAGUAGCUUUGGGACAAUUGUUAGGAUUUUAAGACCACGUGCAGAUAUUCUUGGCCUUCUACUCGUAGAGCUUAUAGUUGGAAUUAUCAUAAUAGAAAAAAGAUCAUAUACAGAAAUUGAUUGAAUUGCUUAUAUGCAAGAAGUUGAAGGAUUUCUUAAAGGAGACUGAAACUAUCUUAACUUAAAAGGAGACACCGGACCAUUAGUAUAUCCUGCAGGCUUUGUUUAUAUUUAUUCAGCGCUUUAUUACAUCACAGAUUUAGGUAAAAACAUAAAAGUAAACAACAUUUAGCUUGGCCAGCAAAUAUUUCUAGGACUCUAUUUAUUGAAUUUAUUUACUGUGCUAAACAUUUACAAAAGAAUUAAAAACCACACUGGAAUCCUUGCUAUGGUUUUAUGCUGCUUAUCAUAUAGAGUCCAUUCGAUUUUCCUAUUAAGAUUAUUCAAUGAUCCAAUAGCUAUAACUUUUAUGCAUUUAAGCAUUUGGUUAAUGAUUAAGAAUAAGUGGGCACUAGCAAUAAUUGUCUAUUCUAUUGCACUUUCAGUAAAGAUGAAUAUUCUUUUAUAUCUGCCUGGAGUUCUUUUACUAUUGAAUUGGUCUAAAAAUUAUCGACUAAUGGUUCUAGCUUUGCUUUAUAUAAUCGUUUUUCAGAUUAUUAUAGCUAUACCGUUCUUGAGUGUAAACCCUUCUGGAUAUCUGGUAAGAGCUUUUGAUUUUGGAAGAAAAUUCGAAAUGAAAUGGUCUGUAAAUAUGCAAUUUCUUCCUCUUGAUAUAUUUUUGUCAUCAAAAUUCCAUUUAUUGCUUUUAGUAUCACAUGUUGGAUGUCUUAUAUGGUUUUUGAUUUCUAAAGCUUCUGAUGGAAAUACUAUCAAAGAAAGACUCCAGUCCCUCAAUCUUCCAUCUUCUGUUAAAGAAUUUAUUUCUCCUAAAAAUCAAAAUAAAACUUUGGACUCUUUUAGUAAUUUUUAUAUAGCGAUUGUGUUCACAUUAUUUACGAUCAAUUUAAUUGGAAUUACUUUUGCAAGAUCUCUACAUUACCAGUUUUAUUCAUGGUACUUUUAUUCUCUUCCAUUCUUUGUCUGCCUUGGUACUAAAACUCAUGUGAAAUUAGCUUGCUUUAUAGGGAUUGAAAGUGUUUUUAUAGCUUAUCCACCUCACCCAACUUUUUCAUAUUUUCUUCACAUGUUCCAUCUUUACCUUUUAAGUAGAACCUUCCUAGCAGUAAAAAAACUAACACCAUAUCCACAUAAAACAGACUAA